UGUUCCAAUCUGCAAUACUUCCUCAUGCCCUACGUAUUUUCUCGUCUGGUCUAAAUGCGCAAUCACGACAGUUGCAAUCAUUUAGCACCCAGGCAUUAGCAAUAUGCGACCUUAUAUUUCGUAGUCGUUUGCCACCGCUUCAAAGAUUAUCGAAUGAUUUGAUAUCGUCUGACGAAAAUGAUAACACAGAAGCUAAUGAUUCGAUGUCUAUAGUUGCUCCUAUCAAAACAGCAUCACCUAUAUCUCUCCUAUCGCCCAUAGUCGCUCCUAUUCAAACAACAUCACCUAUAGUCGCUCCUAGAG